AUGCAUUAUUUAAACUCCUUUCAAACAAUUUUCGCGGAUAAAUUGCGAAGAACACAACAGACUCAAAAAUCACAAAAAUCUUCCCAAAAGUCUUCUCUUGUCUUGAAGUCCUCUUGUCAUUCUUCUCCAUCAAUCAAUAGUUGGAAGCUUGUUGACCACGCGAUUUUAUUAACUUCUCAGGCCACCAUCCUGACCUUAAAAUUCUUGGCUCACCAAAUUUCCGGCCCACGAAAACCCUCGUGGCCAAUGCAAUUGACCUUGAUGUGCACCGCAAUGAGAACCCUUACAGAACACACUUAUUCUGCCGAUAUUAACAAAUUUCGAAGUUUCUUAAAUAUUCUUUUCUCCCUGGUCCCUUCCGAUAUCCUUGUAACUCCUGUUUCAUUUAGAGUUUCAAAUAAGUCUUUACCAAGCAUACUCAGAGGAUUAGAGGAUUCUGAAAAUGACAGGAGAGAGAUUAGCGGCGAAUGGGUUGUGCCCAAGGAUUUAUGGAGAAAGAUUAACGAUGAUUAUUUUCUGAAUGCCUCAAUCCAGCAACAUGUUUAUGUUGAUCAGAAUGGCAUCAAGUGGUCAAAUGAAAAAGUAGUUUUAUAUUUACAUGGUGGUGCUUAUUGCUUCAUGUCAGCGAGGACGCAUAGAGAUUUGAAUUAUCGACUAUCUAGAGCUACGGGAAGAAGAGUUUUUGCAAUAAAUUAUCGACUUGCACCUGAGGGUCCUUUCCCCUGUGGACUUCAUGAUGCGAUACAUUCAUUCCUAUAUCUGACCGACCCAAAUGGUUUGGCAAUUCAACCUCAGAAUAUUGUCGUUGCUGGCGAUG